UUGGCGCAUUUUCGGCUGGUUUGAUUCAUCCAUUUUGAAGAGACGGGGGAGCGGGGGGCUCGUCAGAUCCAGGGACCUGAAACAAGCAGCCGCGGACUCUGAGAAGUCAGCAGCUCGGGGCUCGGCAGCAGCGGCCUCAUCGGCCGGAGCGGGGGGGUGGGGCGCCGAGUGCGCGGGGAGGGGGGUCCUGGUCCUCGGCUCCUCGACUUGGUCGCGCCUCGACAGCGAACAUGUCUCGGCCUGUCAGAAAUAGGAAGGUCGUUGAUUAUUCACAGUUUCAGGAGUCAGAUGACGCAGAUGAAGAUUACGGAAGAGAUUCAGGCCCUCCUGCUAAGAAGAUUCGAUCAUCUCCCCGAGAGGCUAAAAAUAAGAGGCGAUCUGGAAAAAAUUCACAGGAAGACAGUGAAGACUCGGAAGAAAAAGAUGUGAAGGCCAAGAAGGAUGAUUCUCAUUCAGCAGAAGACAGUGAAGAUGAAAAAGAUGAUCAUAAAAAUGUACGCCAGCAACGACAGGCAGCAUCUAAAGCAGCUUCCAAGCAGAGAGAGAUGCUCUUGGAAGAUGUCGGCAGUGAGGAGGAGCCGGAAGAAGAUGAUGAGGCACCAUUCCAGGAGAAAGAUUCUGGCAGCGACGAAGAUUUCCUAAUGGAAGACGACGAUGAUAGUGAUUAUGGCAGUUCAAAAAAGAAAAAUAAAAAGAUGGUUAAGAAGUCCAAACCUGAGAGAAAAGAAAAGAAAAUGCCCAAACCCAGACUAAAGGCUACAGUGACGCCAAGUCCAGUGAAAGGCAAAGGGAAAGUGGGUCGCCCCACGGCUUCAAAGACAUCAAAGGAAAAAACUCCUUCUCCCAAAGAAGAGGAGGAGGAAGCAGAAAGCCCUCCAGAAAAGAAGACGUCUGCAAGCCCCCCACUCGAGAAGUCUGGAGAUGAAGGGUCUGAAGAUGAGGCCGCAUCGGGGGAAGAUUAAAAGUGAUAUUUGGGGAGAGGUUUUAUUAAAAAAAAAAAACAAAAAAAACAAAAAAGGAAACCUUCGUAGGACACGGUUUGGGCUGUGGCUUGACUCAUGGGCUUUCAGUGCUAUUUCAUUUGUCUAGAAUAAUGUUUUUCUCUCUUUCAUCUAUCUCUCUCAAAACCAUUGUAUGCUGACGUGUUUAAGUUGCCAUUUUGUCUCAUAGCCUUUUCUUUGCUAGUCCCCUCCCCCCCACAAAAGCCAUGUCAAUUAAUCACUGGAUUGACUGUUUUAUCUUUGUAUUUUUAAUGGAGGGAAGGAAUGCCAUGGCUGCAAAGCAAUACAAUUGAGGUGGACGCUAUGGAAACUGCUUUUUGCUAGAGAAUAGCAACAUGAACAAUAAUCAAAAACAAAAAACUAGUAAGGUUUUAAUUAAAUAAUUGUUCUUUCUUUUCCUGUACUUUUGACAGACCAGUUGUCAUUUACUAUGAGCUUAUGUGUCUAAACUGUAAAUGUCAAAAAGAAUCAUGACUAAAUUUGUACUAGUCAGGCAGUUGGGAGGUGAACAUGAAUUCUGGAUUGUUAACUCGGUACUCACACUGUUUCCUUGAGUGUGGAGGGAGUGGUGUUCCUGGAACUUAGGAUAUUUGUUAUUCUCAAAGAGAUUCAGAGCCAGUGGUUCUUUUGUCUUGAUAAUGGUCUUUUUUUUUUUUUUUUUAAGUGGGCCACCAGAAUCAGUCUUAAUUUCAUAUUUCAUUCAUGUUUUCAUUGAUUCAAGUUUUUAAAAUACAUCCUGGUUUGGGGUAAAGUUUUACCAGUGAUCAAAAAUUAAAAGGAUUUCUUUGAAUUUUGAUGACAAGAUGAGUCUACCCCUCACAGUGCGUUUUUUUCACAGGCUGAUAAAGUUUUAAGCAAAUAAAGUUUGAGUUAGUGUGAAGUGCAGAUACAAAAGAUUGAGAUUUAUACUGUAUGAAUACAAAAAAUUGAAAUGAGGGCCCAUGAACCAUGCCGUUUCUAUUUGGGGAUAGAAACAGUUCUUUCCUUUUGAUACUUAAAUCUUCCCUUCAGAGUACCACGAUAAUGACAUAAUCUCACAACUUCCUCCUGCUGCUUUCUUACUGUUGAGUUAUUUGCUUCUUAGUUGGUGACCUGUCUUUUCUAUUCAUGUUUCUUUUUAAAGCAAGAGCCUGGGCCUCAACGGGGUGAGUGAACUGUAUUUUAGGGUGCCUGUGUGCCAUUGAUAACAGUCUAGAUACUUGAGGAAAGCAUCAAGGACAGAUCUGUAGGUUGAAUCCUCCACAUUCAGGUCCCAUUCGCCAAUAGAUGCAAAGAUUGAGGGUCCUAUUAUGCUACUAAAUUAAAGAUUUAGGGGAGUAAUUUCUGUAUAUUUUUCUGCACUUAAGCUAAAUUUGCUUCCUCAGUAUUCUGCUUUUGUGUUUUUUAAGUGACGUUUGUCUCAGACAAUGUCAUUUUCUUAUAGGUGUUCGUAGGACAAAGGGUUAUUUAAGAAAUAUUUUUACUCUGGUUUUUAAGACACUUUAAAGAACAUUCUUAGAUCUGCUUUAAAAUAAAUGAAUAAAUAAAACACCUAGUGGCAGAGAGUUAUUUCAACCCUGCACUGCUGAGUAUUAACAUGGCCAAAAAUAGAAACUUGAACAUAAGCAGUUCGAUUAUUGUAUUCUUAUUCUGUAAUGAGAUGUAUAGUUGUGAGCUGUGUAGUGGGUAUUACAGAUUAUUCUAUUUGCUGUGGUGGGCUUGCUCAGGAACCCGUCCUUAAAGAAAGAAGAGACUCACUAUUUCCACUAGGCAUCUCUCCCUUUUAGGGGUUUAUGACUCAGUCUUACAUUCCUAGUGACAUGUGGGCUUUUCUUGGAUUAUGUUUCAUGAAUUUGUGGAUAGGGUCUCUUUCAACUUAAGCCUCAAUUUUUUUAACAGUCUUUAAUAAUCUGCACUAACAUCUCUGAUUUUAUCUACCUAUAACUGAGAAAUAAUACUGUCUUCUAGGUUACUUGUGCAAAAGGUGUGUCUGAUUGGUCUCUUGUUUAGAAUCCCUUUUAAAACCAACACAUUAGAUUGAAAAUACAUUUUCUAAUUAUAGGUUGGUUGGGUUAAUGGUGUCACAAGUGAGCACACAGGCUCUAAGUGACCUUGUUUUCACUUUUUUUUUUUAGUGGUUUAUAACACUCUGGUCUUCCCUUCCAAUCAUGCAUGCAAACAGGAAGACAUUUAAUGUGACUCAACUGGAAACAGGUGCUCAGCAGUUAGGUGUAGAAAUGACAUGAGGGUAUGUUCAUAUGUUCGUAAUAACUGGCCCUUGGCACCUCCGUGGCUUACUCUCCGUCCUCUUUUCUUUUUUUCUUUCUUUCAUUCUAGUGUGCCUAUAGUGAAGUGGCAGUGUAUUCACUGUCUUAAUUUGCAGUGCUCAGGAAUGGGAUGUUCAUUUGAAGGUGCUUGUCUGUUACCGAAGCUCAGCUAGGUUUACCUCUUUAAUAGAUGCAGCAGUUCAGCUAACACUACAUUCUAGUUCUUGAGGCUCUGGUUAAAGCCUUUGUCUCCCCCUGUCAGAAGUGGUAGCCUCUGUGUUGCCCAGUGGCAAUUACUGCUGCUUUUAACCAUCUACCACUGAUGGGAUUUGGGAGAGAGGACCCAAAAGGUGUAUUUUAAAUAUCUGCUGAAACACUUAACUGCUUUCAGUACCUCCCUCUCCAUAUUAACCUUACAAAGGAAAACUAGUGGUAGGAUGAAUGUUUCUUUUUCUAGGGUAAUGAGAGGAUCCCCACAAACACCUUACCAAAAAACCCCAGUAUUUUGUGUACCCCAGGCUGGCCUUGAACUUUGCUACAUGCCUGAUCUUAAACUCAUGUUUUGUUUUUUCAAAAUAACUGAUUUUCUUUCCUGUCUUCAAAGCUUAUAUAUGGUACUAGUUCAGAUAGCACAUAAAAAUCAGUGGAAUUUGAGGUUAUAAUCUAGAAGGACUUUUUCUGAUGACUAUAAUCAGCGGAUCUUGACCUUUUUUGAGGCCUUGUUUCACUCUAAUCUGUCGGAAUCUUUUCCCCCCCCACCCCUCACUCAAACACUGCUGGGAUUAAUGCCACUAUGACAGGUGACACUUUUUAAAGUGGGCUUUUCUUAUUUUUACGUCCACGGACAUGUAGGUUGGAGAGGGAAAUAGUGUAAACAAAACUCAGGUUUAGGGCCCUGCCAGAGCAGACUUGAAUAGAAGAAACAAAGCUUUGUUGCUGCUGUGGAUUCAGUGCCUGUUUGGACAGUUCUCUUUACUGGUAGCACCAGAAGCUACACUAGAAACAUUCCCACCUGUGACCAGGUAGGAAGCAAUGCAGGCUCAGCACUUCAUGGUGUGCAAAUAGAGGUCAGAAACAAGCAGUACACGCUUCUUGCCAAAGGAGAGGGAAAGUUAAAGCCACUGGUUGCUCUUGAGGGUAGAAUAUUAUCAUUUUCUCUCUGGAGGAAGCUGCUGAGUUACUUGAAGAUGGGGAGUUCUUGUUUGUUUUGUUUUUUGUUUGGGUUUUUGUUUUUUUGUUUUGGUUUUGGGGUUUGUUUGGGUUUUUUGAGUAUUACAAUGUCAAGCUGUCAAUAGCCAUGUUGCUAAUUUGAACCUCUGUUUCCCUUUGUCUUAGAAAAUACAUGAUUCUGAAUAUCAAAUCCAUAGAUUAUACUUUUGUUCAAAGCCUAAUUCACAGUGGUGUGAUUGUACUAACCACUAGGAAGACCCCAUAUGCCUACCUGUUGCCAUGCCAAUGAAGAAUGAACUGGUGACAUCUGAGCAUGCUCUGUGGCUCUGUCGAGAAUCACAGUUGGGUGAACACUUUGUAUAUUGGGUGAGGGGUUUUCUAGAUCAUAGGGGAGGGUGAAUUGAUUUGGGGGGGGUGUUGUUUUUUUUCCCCAGUUUUGGGUGUUUUUGGUUUUGGGGUUUUUUUUUUUUUUUUUGUUUUUUUGGUUUUUUUUUUUUUUUUUUUUUUUUUUUUUUUUUUUUUUUUUUUUUUUUGGUGGUUUUGUUUUAGAGUUUUUGUUGUUUUUGCUUUUUAUGGAGGGUUAGGGAGUAUAGUACUCAGUUAUGCCCUAAAAUAACAUGUAUAAAACCCUGAAGUGUGAUGUGGGUAUGUGUGAGUGCGCACUUGUAAAUGUCUGGCGAUUAAACCUUUGUCUUCUGGAAGUUAGUGAACUUUUUCCCUUUUCCUCUGGAAGUAUUUGUUACAAGGUCUGUACAUAGGAGCUCUACAUAGUCCGUGUACCGUGAACGUACUGCAGCAAACCUUACACGCUUCAUUUCCGCAGGGCAUGAGAUUGCCAGGUUGCUCAGCCGCCACGAUCAUCUUUGACGCCGUCGUUUGCCUUCGCUCAUCUUUCAGACUUAAUUUGCCAGUUCUAGGAACUCCUAGUCUUCCUCGAUGUUAGUCUUGAAUCUUUCCUGUUCUGAGCAGAAAGGGUCAGAAAACUGGCCUAACUGUCUGAGGCCAUGGGCUGAGAGCCUGGCAUCCCUUUCUUCAUACUGCAGUAUGGCUAGACAUGCAGUGUAGCUAGACAACAGAGGGCUGGGCAUUCCUGCAAUACCUUAGCAGUGCUGAAAUCUGCAGCGUGGUACUAAGGGAGCUAAAGUUUGAAUGUAACCACUUUAUUUAAAGGUUUUUUUCUUUAAAUGAAACCGAGUUGAAGCAAACAUGAUUUUGUUGACCAUGUUCAUGGAUUAUAGAUGCGACAUGCAUUGGUAGACUCAUGUGAUGGUCUGAUGUGAUACUUCAUUUCAUACAUCUACAUAUCCUGGUCUGUACGCAUUUGCAUAAACAACAGCAACAACAAACUCCUGCCUUGCUCCAAUUGAAGGAUCUCCAGGACUGCUGUCUGCCCCUGAACUUUGUUUUCAGUAUGUGUAUCCUUUGCCUGUAUUUUGUAUUAAGAAAUAAGGAAAAGAACCCCUUAUUGUUGAGCAUGUUGGUAUUGUCCCCUUUAUUUUUUUUUUUCUCUUGGGGACAUAUGAAGCAAGUUAUUCUUUUUCUGUAUCUUUUUCUUUUCUUUUGUAAACCUUUUGGUUUGUUUUGUUUAAAAAUGGCUUUAUAAAAGGGCUUUUGUAACCCAGA